AUGAAGGAAAAUCAAACAACUUGUCAUGACCAAAGCCAUCUCCUGCAAGCCGACUCCGAGGCCCUCUGCAACGACUGGAUGCGAGCUCUGCAACGGACCAUUUUGGCUUUACACGAAAGCGAUGAUGUAAUGAAUUUCCUAACAGCAGCUCGCCCUAGCUCAUCCGGCAAGUCGGACGGUCGUAGCGUCACUGCUCCUGCGGGUGGCUCAUCUCGUGUGGGUGGUGCUCCCUCUCUAACGGUAUCGGAUGCUGCCACAACGUUCGAACAAAUACGCAGGGUACCCGGGAAUGAAAGAUGUGCUGAUUGUGGAUCGGAACAACCCAAAUGGGUUAGCAUAAAUCUCGGAGUUGUACUAUGUAUCGAAUGUUCUGGUGUUCAUCGGAGUCUUGGCGUCCAAACCUCAAAAGUUCGGUCCCUUACUAUGGAUUCGAUAGAUCCCGAGUUAAGAGACGUAUUGCUCAGUCUUGGAAAUUCUCAGGUAAAUGCAAUCUAUCUAGCCCACCUCCCUAAGAAAGACAUUGUUCCUGCACCCGCCACUGAUAAUUCAAGUCGACAGAUACGUGAAGCAUGGAUUAAAGCCAAGUACGUUGAACGCCGAUUUGCCGUCCCUUCCAGUGACCGAGCACGAACCAACGCUAUGGUCCGAAAAGAGCACCUUCUAUCGAGAAAUCGAGUGGGAAACGUCUCUGGAAAAAGAGGUCUCAUUAUAGGUUCUCGGUUGAAAAGACUGUCAUCUUGCGGAUCCGAUCCAAGCCUAUCCAACUGCGAUUUCUCAACAGAUUGGGAUAUUGUGAGUGAAUGCGCACGUUGUGGUGACGUACUCGGCUUGCUUCGGUCUCUUGCUGGUGGUGCAGAUAUCAAUUCAGCUCGCAGUGGGACGACGGCAUUACAUAUCGCUACGAAAAAUGAGCUCACCUUGGUCUCUCUUUUGCUUUUUAUACUCGAGGGUAAUUGUAAAAAUUUAAUGUUGAAUCCAUUCAGACAAGUAUGCCAACUUCUCAAACGAGGUGCUGACAAAUCGUUAAAAAACGCUGACGGAGUGACUCCACUGGAGAUAGCAGUGGAAGGCAAACAUGCGGACAUAGUCACGUUGUUCCGUGUGCACUCCAUGCGAGACGAGUUCAACGAGGAGUUCAACAAUCCCAUGGAUGAUACCGUCGACAGCGUGAUUUCUGACAUCACUCGUAAAGCCGCCGUUAGCAAAAGCUCAUCCGGCUGA